AUAACUACCGCAGUGGACAUCGAAUUAUUUUGGUGAAAUGUUGCUGAAGCUAGUUCUAAUAGUGCCAAUUCUGUGGAUUGUUGCCGAUGCUGCUCGCAUUCUUGGAGUUUUUCCCUAUCCAUCUUACAGCCAUCAGAUAAUCUUCAGAUCGUUAACCACAGAACUAGCGCGCAGAGGUCAUGAGUUGAUGAUUUUUACAACGGAUCCUAUAAAUGAUUCUACUCUUCAGAACUACACUGAAAUAGAUUUACAUUACUAUUAUGAUUCUUAUGCUGUCAACUUCUAUUCGAAACAUACAUUCGGAAUUUGGACAGUUCUAUCGGAGGUAUAUAAGACUAAUAAUAAACUCACCGACUGGACGCUAUCCCAUCCUGUCAUGCAGCGACUUUUAUCGCCGAAUAGUACCGAAAAGUUUGACUUGAUCAUCAUGCAGUCACUCUAUCUUGAUGCACUUUAUGGGAUAUCGUUCCGCCUUGAUGCUCCACUAAUCGCAAUUACGCCGAAUCCGCCAUUGGCCAUUCAUCAUUACAAGCUUGGGAAUCCUAUGUCAGCGGCUUAUGCACCGGACCUGUUCUUGGGCGUGGACGGAAAUAUGAACAUGUGGCAACGUUUCCUCAAUAUGUACUAUUAUCUUCGUCAAUUUAUUGAAUAUGAAAUUAUGGUUAUUCCUUCGCAGGAGAAGAUUAGCAGGAAAUACUUUGGAGAUAGUAUGCCACCUGUCCACCAGUUUUCCUCAAAAAUUAGUCUACUCUUGGUAAGCGCCAACCCUUUUUUUUUGUAUCCCCGCGCAAAUGUUCCUGGGAUCGUGUACAUAGGAGGAUGUCAUUUAAGUGCCCAGAAAACACAGUUGCCACAGGACUUAGAAAAUAUAUUGAACGAUGCGAAGGAGGGAUUCAUAUAUUUCAGUCUGGGUUCGAACGUAAAGAGUAAUCAAUUGCCCGCUGAGACACGUAACAUGCUGCUGAGAACUUUCGCGGAAUUGCCUUAUAAAGUAUUAUGGAAAUUUGAAUCAGAUUAUCUUCCGGACAAGCCCGACAACGUCAUCAUAAGGAAGUGGUUACCACAGGAGGCAAUCUUAGCACAUCCGAAUAUACGGCUUUUUAUUUAUCAAGGAGGACUACAAAGUACGGGGGAAGCGAUAGAACACGCAGUACCCGUGAUUAGUUUCCCUGUGUACUGCGAUCAAAUGUUAAACAUAAAAAGACUGCAAUCCUACGGGACAGGAAAGAUGUUACAACUCACCGAAGUCAGUGGAAAGACAUUGAAAGAAACUAUAUUUGAGAUCAUUACAAAUUCUAGUUACAAGGAAAACAUGCGGAAACUGCGGUACCUGUUGCAAGAUCUGCCAUAUAACCCGAUGGACAAUGCCAUUUGGUGGGUUGAGCAUGUAAUACGUCACAAAGGGGCACCGCACCUCCGAAACAAGUCGCGAGAUAUGCCCUGGUAUCAGGUUGAAUUAUUAGACAUAAUGGCUAUUAUAAUCGUAAUAGCAAUUCUCGCUAUACGCAUUAUUAUAGCAGUUAAGCGUUAUGUAUUUUUUAAAAUGAGCAAGCAACUCAUGCUGAAAAUAAAAACGAAAUUAAUAAAUAACGUAAAGAAACAACAAUAAUACACAACUCAGAUGAGACUUUCAUUCCACAGUUGAAUAAGAAGCAUAGUUCUCCAUAAUAUAAUGUUGUAUAUAUAGGUGCGCACUGUGAUUCAUGCUCGUGAAUAUUCACACAUUGGCGCUGAAACGUACGUAAUGAUCUUAUAAUAGAAUUGAGAACUCGUAAUAACGCAAUCAAUGUUGAACAACUAAUAAAUCAAUAUAUACUACUUAAAUGAUAAUACUGUUACGUAUGCAUGUGCUAAAGUAUCCAUACGAUCCAUCAAAUUGUUUCAAAUAAUACAGCUCUUUUCUUUCAUUACCUUAUAAUUAUUGAUCUCUCAUUCUCAAUUUGCUGUAACCAAAUUUAUAAUAUUUAGAAAAAUGUUAUUCAUUUUUAUAUAUACUCAUAGACAAUAGGAAUAUUCUAUGAUCAAAAUGAAAAACUAUCGAAAUUAAUAAUAAUAAAAUUUAAUUUAGAUAUUUCAUUACCUUGCUCUUUCAAAGUUUUGUAAAUGGAAGUAAAUUUAUAUAGCCAUAUCAUUGUUUCGCAUUUUUAUAUAAUUAUUAGCAAAAUUCUACUAAUCUUGUUAAUCGCGUAUUUGUAUAAAAACAUUAAUAAAGUGGAAAGUGUAAUGUAAAAUCGUUUUAUUUGAAAUUAUGAAGUGUCCAAUAGCAUAAUAUAUAAUUAAUGCUUUCUUUACAACAAUCAAUUAUAUAAAUGUGUUAUUACAUACAUUAAAGCAUCAUAAUUCAUGUAAUAAAUUAAUAAAAAUUAGUGUGUAUAUAUA